AUGGCAAAGUCUUGUAAGGGUCUUGCUGAGGAGCUUGUCAAGUGUCUCAGUGAAUCGAUGUGUGUCAAGGACGAAAAAAGGUCAAUUAGGGACUGCGCUGGUGAAAAGAGCCCAUGUAUACCGAGCGAGUGUGUUGGCCUAAGGGAAACCUACUUCAAUUGUAAAAGAGGACAGGUAGACAUGAGAGCCAGGAUUCGAGGAAACAAAGGCUACUAA